AAAGACAUAUAUCCGCUCUUCACGUCUUCAAAAUCUUUGGAUUACUCUCUACAGUCCCUUUUAUUUUUGUUUUUCUUAUUUCCUUUUCCAGUUUGGUUUCCGUUGUGAGAGAGGAGAAGAUAAGAGGGGACGACGAGUCUUGAACAAUAAUAAAGAGAAUAGAACCAUACAGAGGUCGAUUUCUCUGUUGCUGUUAUGGGAUUUUGCUUCUGACAGAGAGACCUAGCGUUAAAGACACGGCAAAACAAUGGGUGGGUCAGAUGAGAACAGACACGCAGCUAUUGGAACGAUGAAUCGACAACAAGGGGGUUUACGUGGAGGAAAGGUGGUUCCGGGGAACGGGCAGACAAGAAGAGCAUUGAGUAACAUAAACAAGAACAUCAUCGGAGCUCCGGUUUAUCCUUGUGCUGUCAACAAGAGACCAUUCACUGAGAAAAAUGAGAUUUGUAACAAAAAGAUUCCACCUGUUCCAGUGCAUCGACCAGUUACUAGGAAGUUUGCUGCUGCUCAGUUAGCUGAGAACAAUCCUCAAAUCCACAAGGGGGAAACCAAGAAAUCAGACUUGAUAUCUAACGAGGUAUUGGAUAGAAUCAUAAUAGAUGUGGAAGAAGGAGACUUUAAUGAGCCAAUGUUUGUUCAACACACUGAAGCCAUGCUUGAAGAGAUUGACAGAAUGGAAGGAAUUGAGAUGGAAGAUUCAAAUGAUAUUGAUAUUGAAGAAAAAGAGUCUGUGAUGGAUAUAGACAGCUGUGACAAGACGAAUCCUCUAGCUGUAGUCGAAUACAUUGACGACAUAUAUUGCUUCUACAAGAAAAAUGAGUGUCGUAGCUGCGUCCCGCCUAAUUACAUUGAGAAUCAACAUGACAUUAACGAGAGGAUGAGAGGAAUCCUUAUUGAUUGGUUGAUUGAGGUGCAUUACAAGUUUGAGCUGAUGGAGGAGACGCUUUACCUCACAAUCAAUCUCAUUGACAGAUUUCUUGCGAUUCACAAUAUUGCAAGGAAAAAGCUUCAGCUUGUGGGUGUAACAGCUAUGUUGCUUGCUUGCAAAUACGAAGAAGUUUCAGUUCCGGUUGUAGAUGAUCUUAUCCUCAUCUCUGACAAGGCUUACACUAGGACAGAGAUUCUUGAUAUGGAGAAGUUGAUGGCGAAUACCUUGCAGUUCAAUUUCUGUCUUCCAACUCCAUAUGUGUUCAUGAGGAGGUUUCUCAAAGCUGCUCAAUCUGACAAAAAGGUGGAGCUUUUAUCAUUCUUCAUCAUCGAGCUAUGCCUAGUGGAGUACGAGAUGCUACAGUACACUCCCUCUCAGUUAGCAGCCUCAGCUAUCUACACAGCUCAGUCCACACUUAAAGGAUUCGAGGAUUGGAGCAAAACCUGUGAGUUCCACUCAGGCUACACGGAAGAAACGCUUCUGGAAUGUUCGAGAAAGAUGGUUGCUUUCCAUCACAAGGCCGGGACAGGGAAGUUAACAGGUGUUCACAGGAAAUACAAUACUUCUAAAUUUGGUUAUGCUGCAAGAACUGAACCUGCUGGGUUUCUACUGCUGUAAACCAACGGUUUGGCUCACACGGAAUCUAUAAUGGCUAAAGAGAGAGGAGCAACUCAAGUUGCAUAAGUGGGAAAUUCUCUGUUGACUUUGUCUGUUUCGAAGUCUCUGUAUAUGGUUUUAAUCUUUUCAAUUCUCGUUGCUGAGAGAGAAUAAUAGAAAACUUUAGGGUUCUUGAUUUCAAGCUCUUCUUUCCAAAUUCCAGUUCAGCAUCUUGGUUUCUAUUUUGUAUCAUAAAUGACAUCACGAAUGAAUAAUGAUCAAGGUUGAGCAAUUAGCCAAUUA